AUGGCCGCCGCCUUUGAAUUGAGUGACGAUGAGGAUGAAGAAGAUGAUGUGCGAGCGGAUCAGAGGGGUCUGCUUAGUCGAGGGAAGCAGGAACAGCAGUUUACGCUCGGUGGAGAUGAUAGCGACGAGGAAGAUCACGAUCAAACCCCACGCAAUCCAUCGAAUAUGCAAGGCGGAGGCGAUCGUUAUGAUGACCCUUUGAGGGACGAGCGGAAUGUAGAACGUCCGCAACCAGCACCGAUCGUAACGACCGACAGGAUGCCAGGCAGUUACGAUUUCGACAGGGACCCUUUUAUCACUUCAGCUCCUCCUGCUAGACCAGCUUCACCCCCUCCUUUCUUCCCUUACUGGACGAUGAACCCUGCGCCCCAAAACUCGAACGGGAUCGUCCCUACAACAGCACCGGAUUACCCUCGAGGCCACCCUUCGCAUCGCUCUACCCGGCUCGAGCUCAUCGGGGCGUUGCUACCGUCAUUCUUCCAUCCUCGGACGAGGAACGCUCAGGCUCCCGCUUUGGGCGGCGGUCAUACGGGAGUGUUUGCCAACUUGUCGGCUAGGCCAGAGUUGCCAAGGGCUGCGCCGAGAGCGGGCGAAGCUGAAGGUCCCGAAUGGGUACCAGAAAUGGAAGGCACAGACGUUCCGCCGACGUACGAUGCUGCAUUGCGAGAUGCUGUGCCUCCUUACUGGGAGACCACUGUCGUACUGCCCAAUUCAUCAGGACCUUUCGGUACGAUGACGUCUUCGAUCACCGGAGACGAGAUCCUCAUCGAUGGCAUGCCUGUCGGGAACUUUUUCAUUUUUGCUUGGAACAUGCUUGUUAGCUUGUCAUUCCAGUUUGUCGGUUUCCUUCUUACCUACGUCCUACAUACGAGCCACGCAGCCAAACACGGAUCACGCGCGGGUCUUGGCAUCACUCUCAUUCAGUACGGGUUAUACCUGCGUGGCCGUGCCGAGGAGAUGAUCUCUACCGGGAAAUUCCCACAUGACGACUCGGACGAUACCGACCCCAACUUUGACCCUUUCGAAAACGUCGACACUCUCCGGCAAUACUGGAGGCCGGGUUACCGCACACCAGCCCACUGGUCGUCAGACGGAACCGUCGAGAUCCCUUCUUUCAAGUCUCCCGAGGAAGCAAAGGCUUGGGAACUCGACAACGCCGCUUUGAACAUGACGAUGGCCGAGAUCUUGCAAGAACCCACUGCCAGACAGGUCGGGCAGGCCAACGAGUACUUGAGCUUUAUGCUCAUGGCGGUGGGAUGGUUCAUCUUCCUCACAAGCAUUGGUGGUUAUUGGCGGGUGAAACGAUUCGAGAAUGGCUUGAGGUCUUCGCAAAACACCACGGAGGAUCCCACCACCGAGCUCGCCAACGAGCCUGUCGAUCCCGAGGCUUCGAACCCCCGCAAACCAGCAUACUACAUGCUUCGAAUGUCGCGCGCUUUGAAUUCAGUUCUGAAUGCAGGCCGGACUAUGCGUGGGUCACUAUACUAUCUGAAUCUGCCACCGCUUGGUCGAGGCGGGACCGAUGAGAACGCCAGUCGACGCGGUGCGCAGUUGUCCGAAGUGCAAGAGGCGGAUGGUGCAGAUGGGUACUUACUGUUCGACCGAGGACGAGAUAGAGAGAUCGACAUGGACGACGGUGCUGAUCUGCCUAGCGCAGCUGCCAGUCAGGGCCUUACGACCGAAGAAUGGAGCCGAAGGAAUUUGUAUAACGGUUGA